ACUGGGGCUGCUGGCGGCGCUGGGGCCCCAGGUGGGGGAGGGGCUGCUGGAGCUGCUGGACCGGGCGCUGGGAUUGGCCGAGGGCGACAGCGACGGGACGCGGGUCAGUUUGCAGCUGCUCUCGGCCGUCUCGGAGCUGUUGGGGGAGGGGACGGCGCCGCUGCUGCCUCGGGCACUUCCGGUCCUGCAGGGUGCGCUGCGGCCCCCGCCUCCGCCCCCCUCGGACGCUCCCCAUUGGCUGCUGAAUCUCCACGACGACGAUGAGAACGAUGACAUCACCGCCAUGGAAGAGGAUGACGUCACCGACUGGGAGCAGGCAGAAGUGGGCGGAGCUUUCCCCGGAUUGGCGGAAGCGGCGCUGGGAGCACUGGGAGAACUGGCGGAGAACUGCGGCUCUGCUCUCCUCCCAUACCUGGAUCCCCUCCUUGCCGCUGUCCUGGAUCUGACCCAGUUCCCCCAGUCCGAGGUCAGAGGCGCCGCCUACGAAGCCCUUGGGAGCCUGUGCUGCUGCGGGAGGGACGCCCAAACUGAUCGCCUGCCUGAGAUCGCGCCGGGACGACGGCGACGAGGUGGGGGAGGGGCGGCACCAGUUCAAACCAGUUUGAUCCCAGUCCCUCCCAGUUUAUCCCAGAUCACUCCCAGUUCCCUCCAGUUUAUCCCAGUUUGAUCCCAGUUACCUCCCGGUAACCCCCAGCUCCCCCCAGACCUCCCAAGUCUCCGAACUCCGCGAAUCCGCCUCCGAUUGGCUGCUGCAGCUGGGCGCUGCCAUGGCAGGAAAUGACGUCACCCAGAAC